AUGUUGGCGAGUGACACAACUGCCAGCUUGAGGUUGGCAGAUCGUUCGGGGUCUGCGCAUCUGCCGGCGGCAGCAGAACUGUCAGCUAUUCUCCGUGACACAGCUCAGCUGUUUAAUGGACGUAUUCAGCUCGCUGGCUCGCAUGGUCACGGCACAGCCUUGAGUAAAGUCUCUGACUACGACAUUUGGAUCCACACCCCGCAAAGGCUGGCGAUACGAGAACGCGAAUUAUUAUGCCGCAUUCUGACCAUGAAACUUGAAGAAGCCGAGUUCACCAUGGAAAGAAGCGUACAGAAGAGGAAGGCGUAUCGCUUGUAUCGCUUGCAGAAGUUAGGCAGCCCGGAUUGCUUCGACAUGGACGUGGUUUGUGUGAACAUGUUCAGAGACUGUGGCUUCAACGAUCACGACUUUCCGCACUUCACCCGCUGCAAAUCCCGCGAAGAAGCUCGCAUCAAAUGCGAGCAGCUGCGGUGUUGCAGGAAGUCACGAAAUGCGGUGAGGGUAUUGAAGGCCUUGUGCAUUCAUGAGAGGAAAGGGAGGCUUCAGUCGCUGCCUGGAUUCUUGCUAAGCAUCCUUGCGCUGCGGAUUGCCUCCAGUUGUACAUGUGAGACAUCCCUGGAGUUGUUUGAACAGAUGUUUGAUGUGCUCUUUUGUGAUCGCAUAGAUGGCUUCGAGUAUUGGAGGAGCCCUGACGGUGGCUUGGCCGAGCGGCUGAGAAGUGACUUAUCGGCUGACUUUAGCCAACUGGAGCAAAACCGGCCUGGAGAGCACAGACAGCGCUGGUGCAGGGCGCUGGAAAGGGCCAUCCACGCCCUGAACAAACUGUUUGGGAUCCUCAACAGGGGGGAUUUUGAUGCUUUGCGAUUGCACCCAGUGCUGGGGGCUCAAGCUGAUCUGCUUGAGUGA